UGCCGCUGUGGGCUCCGGGAGUGCUGACGUCAGGCCGCUGCACUGGCACAGGGGUGGGAUGGGGAGACGGUGCCAGGGAAUGUGAUGGGCACAGGGAUAGGGAGACGGUGCCAGGGAGGAGCCGCGGUACCCGGAGUGGAAGGUGGGACGCAGUAAGGACCCCCUGUUCGUCUCUUGCUGAUUUACCUAUGUCCUGAAGAAGCCCCCGACGAUGGCUAGCCCACCCAAGCUUGCUGGAGAAACCCUGAUUGUGCAUCACAUACCCCUGGUGCAUUGCCAAGUCCCAGAUAGACAGCGCUGCCCAACCUCUAAGAGAUCACACUCCUACGGGCAGAAUGACCUCGGCCUCACCAGAACCACCUCCCUCCCCGAGAGGGACCUCUCCCAAGCCGACUCCUUGGUGUACAGCAGCUUGAUUCAGGCUCCAGAACCUUCUGGUAAUGAGACGCGAAGCAAGAAGGAGGAGGACUGGCAAGGUCCUAGCGCCAGAAAACGGCACAACCCGUUUCUUCCCAGUGAGGAGGAAGAGGAGGACCUUAUAGUGAGUGGGGGUGAGACAUCAUUCCACCUUCAUAAUGCAUCCAGUGUCCCCAAGUCUUGCUUCCAGUUCAAGGAACCAGCCCUGCCGCCCUUCCACCUCCACGACGCGGCUCCCAUUGUGAAGCCUUGGAUUCUUACUGGUAGGUCAGGGCUGGUGGAUGGACAAGAGGAGAAGACCUCCCCCGAUGACCUUCAGAAAGGCAGCAACGGCAACCAAGGUCCAUCUGAAUUCAUCACUGAAGAACAUGUAUGGAACCAGCAUACGGUCCCUGCCUACACUCUGGACUGGAACCAGAGCUCGGUUUUGGGAAACCAAGACCUCCUGCAGAGCCGAGAAUGUAGUUGCAACGGUUCCGACACCCUGAGGCACUGCAGGUGCUACAGCGCUUCCAGUCAGUCAGAAAUGGACCAGCAGGUGAGUUACGUGAGCGACUCUUCGUGCAACAGUUCCGAUGGAAUUCUGGUGAACUUCAGCACCCUGUACAACAAGAUGAACGGACAACCCAGGUCCAACCUCAACUCUGGAAGCCUCUCCUGUGACUCCUCGUUCUGCAGCCACCCAGACACAGGAGCUUUUUAUCUUGACCUGCAAACAUCCCCCGCGGAAUCCAAAAUGUCAUGUGACUCGCACCUCCACGAAUGCUCUGGAAAGCAAUGCGGGUUCCACCACCACCCAUCUUCUCCGGUUCUGGACGCCAACUGCAACUCCUACCAUUUAAACUGCGACUUGAGGCAGUGUCCUGGGGAAAACUCAGAGCUGACCUCUUGCUUUCAGAGCCAAGCGCGGCUAGUGGUGGCCACCCAGAAUUACUACAAGCUGGUUACGUGUGAUUUGUCUUCUCAGUCCUCUCCAAGCCCAGCGGGAUCCUCCAUCACUAGUUGUUCGGAUGAACAGACUAAGGGCAGCCCAGUGCAGCCAACAGAAUAUUUCCUCUUCCAACAACCGGAUACAAAUCUAGAUACAGUUGAGCCUAAAGGGCCCAUAGAACGUUCCAAGUCGGACAUCAUUGAGGGGCAGGUCUACGUCAACGUAUCACCUCCAAACUUUACUACUGGGCGUCAGCGCUCACGCAGUUAUGACCGUAGCCUGGACAAGAGCCCGAGUACACGUCUGGGGUCACUGGAGCGUAUGUUAAGUUGCCCAGUUAAACUCAGCGAGGGGCAAGUUGGCCAAGCCCAGAGUUCAUCCCCCAAGAGGGUCACGUCCUUUCUGGAGUUGGCCAAGAGCAGGAAGAAGAAUGGCACCAGCCCACCUCUCAGAACCAGCGGGGAUUCCUCUUUGGAAUUUUCCCCUAUUCCGGAGUUCCACCGUGACGGCAAUGGGAUUACAGAGCAUGGAGAAUUCCGUAGCCACAGCCUCCCACCCAUGUCCUUCUUGCACUGUAGGAGCCGGACCUGUGAGGGGUGCACAGGGGACACCAGGGAGGCCAAAGCCACAAACUCCAACCAAAUGGGCGCGGCCCUCCAAACAUCGGGGCUUUGUGAUAUAGACGCCGACGAGGAUUUGCUCUGCGAUGGGAUGGAACCUGGUGGAUCCGGUCUGAGCUUCCUCCAGUUGGACCUCAGAGCCAAGGGAGAUGGGAUCGGGGCGGAGGCCAAGCCUGUUUUUCGCUACAGUAAGGACCAGCGUCCCACCACGUUACCAAUCCAGCCGUUUGUGUUCCAGCACCACUUUACCAAGCCAAAGACGCGGCCCCUGCACAGCCAUUUUACUUCCAGCCUGUCCCAACUCUAUGGUCUGUCUAGUGGGCGACCAUCAAACCAGCAGAUGGCGUCAGACUCUCAGUCUUCAGCCCCUGGGACACUGACCAGUCAGACAGAACCCCGGGUCAUUAGUCUACAAGGGCAACACAGCCAGGACAGACGGACAAGCAAAGAAGAAGAAACUAAGAACCCGGCUCCUGAUUCUACUCGCCCUUCUCCAUUGGGCAGCUACUCUCCAAUCAGGAGCAAUGCCACAUUUUUUCAGAGUAUGGACUCUGGUUCAUCAAGUUCUCCUUCUCCAGAGAAAGCCAAGGAGACUCAGCCACCUCGGAGCCGCUCUUGCCCAAUGUCAGCCAAUCUUCUCCCUUUUAGAGCAUCUCCUGCUCGAGGGACUACCCUACCUGGAGCUGCCAAGCCCCCCCAAAAAUAUGAAGUCUCUCCCAAAGUGGAGGUUCAGAGGACAGCGGUUAAGGAGCCAAUGAAAGAACCCAGCCCGCUAGUGUCCAAGCAUGGUCUUCAGCCCAUCACCUCCAUACCUUUGCUGAGCACAGUUCUACACGAGGGGAGCCAGGCGGUGACCACAAAGAAGGACAAUGACAGUGGGUCAAGGAGCUCCGAGAGUAUCAUUGUGUCUCGAGCAGUAAAUGCCAAUCACCUGUCCCCGCAGGCGCUGAAGUGGAGGGAGUAUAGGCGCCGGAACCCCCUGGGCCUAGAUCGCGUGCAUGGCUUGGCCGGGCUCUCUGGGAGUCUGGAAAGAAGGCAGGAGAACAAGAUAACUCGUAGGGGCCAUUUCUUCGACUUCCCCAGCAGUAUCCAUGGCAACAGCCUCCAAUCACGGCUAAAUGGUAAACCGUCUGCCAUCAGCUCCAGCGACUUCUUCCCAGAUUAUUUCUCCAUGGCGGAGCGGCCACCAGCAGAGUUCUGCUUGUCACCAGACGGGGGCGCUGAAUCUCUGUCCAUCGACCUGAUGCAAAAAAGAGCGCUGGUAAAGGCGGUGAAUAUUGCGGUGGAUCUGAUUGUGGCGCACUUUGGCACUAGCCGAGACCCUGGGGUAAAGGCCAAGCUCGGGAACAGCUCAGUGAGCCCUAACAUUGGGCACCUCAUCCUCAAGUACCUGUGCCCUGCGGUCAGGGGCAUCCUCAGCGAUGGGCUAAAGCCCUGGGUAUUGGAUGUGAUCGUCGGUCAGAGACGCAACCUGCCCUGGACGGUGGUGGAAGCCUCGACGCAGCUGGGUCCUUCCACCAAACUCCUGCACAGCCUGUGCUGCAAGGUCAGCCAAUACUCGGAACUGUCCAGCCACAACCUGCGCUUCAACGCCUUCAUCUUCGGCCUCCUCAACAUCCGAUCCGUUGAGUUCUGGUUUAACCACUUAUAUAACCAUGAAGACAUCAUCUUUGCCCACUAUGAGCCAGUUGGCUUCCUGUCCGUGUCCCACGGUGUUUGCCAGACGUUAUUUGAGGAGCUACUGCUACUUCUCCAGCCUCUGUCCCUGCUCCCCUUUGAUUUGGACCUCCUGUUUGAGCACCACCUGGUGCAGAUGGGUCGGGAGCAGCAGAAGAAGAAAGAGAUGCUGAAGGUAAAACAGGACUUACUACAGUCGGUUCACUCAACGUUGCAGCUCAUGAGGAGCCGCGAGGAGGAAGAGCAAGGAAACCAGGAGAAGAAGACCGCAGAAAAGGAAGCCUGUGAUGUUCUGGAGACAGAGAGGCCAACAGGGGAGGGGGCUGCAUCAAUAGAACUGGAGCAGAAGAAGGACCCCAAUGUUGAGGUGAAGAAAGACAAACAAGCCGGGUGGUGGUACCAACUGAUGCAGAGUUCCCAGGUUUAUAUAGAAAGUUCCUCCGACACCGCGAGGUUCACUCGCCAGGAGAGACGAAAGCCGGGCACUCUUGGCACACCCAAAAAAGUUCCACCACCGCGGGAAGGAGUGGUGGAGGGUGCAGAGUCGUGUCCAAGCUUGGAGGUGACGACCGAGGAGAAACCCACCAAGAAAGAGCGAGAUGACAAGCAAAAGGAAGAGAAAAAGUCUUGGAUGGGUAGCCCCCCCGAGUCUGUACUAAAUGAACUGAAAGGGGGAAAGGAGAAGGAGAACUGUGCUCCACAGAGACACUCAGGGGCCGAAGCCCAAGGGGCCACUGCAAAGGAGAACGUUGCCCCAGUGCAGAGCAGUCCGGCCAGGAAAUGGGGGCAUCUUUUUGGAUCCAGGAGAUCACAGGGAGAGGUCAAGCAGGCAAACAGGAUGCCUUCUGGUUGGCUGAGCCUGGAUAAGUCUGUCCUUCAAAUCGUUGCACAGACCGUGAGUGCCGGAAUCUGGGGAGAAACUACUCCGGAGAAAGGCGAAAUGAUAUCAGAAAUGGCGGCCUCACCAGCUUCACCGGGCUCCCAGAAUCCUCGGAAGGAGAAACCUCCACUCCAUCCAACGGAGCCGGGGCACCACGCCCUCAGCUUUGCCUACACGUCCCACUCCGACCAGCUCCGCUGCACCUCGGCUAGUCACAAUGGCCUGAUGCCCUUGAAAUAUGUUUCUCGCCCCGACCCAGUGGACUCGUAACUAGGAGAGAAGUUCCGUGUCAGGCUUCAGCCAUAGAGCGGUGGAGUAACACCAGGCUCCCUUCGUGCCGUGGGUGGAACAGAGCUGCUUAUCCAAUCAGAACAUUCUUUCUUUUCCCCCGAGAGGCAAAAAGAGCCAAUAACCAUCAGACAAGUGUGGGGUAGAUAGCAUUAACGCAGUAUUCUUCUCCCUGAGUCCCAACGUGCACGUGUGCUAGCCGUGGUAUUGACGUGAGCUGUGCAUGCCGAUAACCUAGAGGACAAGACUCCCCCCAACACUCGUAGCGUUAUGGGACACCUAACUUACCCUCCCUGGUUCCUUCGGCCUCCCCUCCCCACCCACCGCUGGGGCAUCUAUGUCUAGCACUUAUAUUCUGAGCAGCUUUUCCCCAACAAUAUAAGGAAUAGUGUAAGGUUUGUUAUCAUCCAACAUGCAACCAUCUGCCACCGUCUAAUGUCCAAUCCCAGGGUCACCGCAAGGACAUGUGAUCAGGAAGGAUGGGGCUUCUUCAGGUAUGAUGAGGUCCUGCACCAGGAAAAACGUGACUUCCUGCCCUUGGCCCUUAAGAGCAUGUGACUCCUUGCACCAUGGAAACGUGACUUCCUGACCAGGUAGAACUUGGUCCUUAAGAGCAUGUGACUCCUUGCACCAUGGAAACAUGUGACUUCCUGCCCAGGUAGAACUUGGUCCUUAAGAGUAUGUGUCUCCUUGCACCAUGGAAACAUGCGAUUUCCUGCUCAAAGAGAACAUGUGACUUCCUGUGCUGGGGAAGCUGGACUUCCAGCGCCAUGAGAGCAUGUGACCAGGAGGGACUUCUUGCAGGCUACUGAGUAGAAAGGGAUUUUGAUUGGGAUUGGCUUGGCUUAUAAACCCGCCAUAUUGGGAAUGGAGCAUGAUCAUUGUGCUCGUAGAACGUUCCUUCCCUGUAUAUGUACAUAGAUGUGUGGGAGUUGCCCUAUUGCACGACAGUACUGCCCCACCUGUAUGUAUGAAUAGAGCAGGGAAGGAACAUCUUAUGCACAAAAUGGCUUAACCCUUUCAUAUCACAUUUGAGGUCAUUAUGAGUUGAGGAGCUACAAGGACAUGGAGGUUGGCUACAGUUGGGUGUGGGUUAUGGACGCGGCUAAUUCUAAGAGGGAUCGUUAGUCGGAACCAGUUGAAUGUGUAUAACUAGUCUGGUUAUUCAACUGUUGGGUUGUGAGGGUAGAAGGUUCUGGUUUGGUGAGAAGAUACGGUUUCUGCCAGUAGGUUUGGAAUCCCAUUGGCUUUGGUGGCCGAGAGCCCCAUGAGAAUGAGAUGAUGGUGUUUGGGCUUGUGGAGCGGGGGGGGGGG